UCUUGACAGUUCUGUCUUAACGAUUCUGAUAUUAAUGAAACAUCUCUGUAAAGGGUUGAAGUGUCUUCCUGAUUCUCAGUAGGCUGACACCAGAAAGAUUGGGGGAAAAGAAAUCACCGAUGUAAAUGGAGAGCUAUGCUAAGCAGUCCUGUGUUGAACAAGACAAGCUGGGACAAGCCUUUGAAGAUGCUUUUGAGGUGCUGAGGCAACAUUCAGCCGGAGAUCUUCAGUACUCUCCAGAUUACAAAAAUUACCUGGCUUUCAUCAACCACUGCUCUCAUGUUAGAGGAAAUUCCAACUGCUAUGGUGUGCUGCCUACAGAGGAACCUGUCUAUAAUUGGAGAACAGUAAUAAACAGUGCUGCGGACCUCUAUUUUGAAGGAAAUACUCAUCCAUCUCUGCCAAAUAUCCCUGAAAACCAACUGGUACAACCUGCUGUUCUCCAUCAAAAGGGAGGAAAAGGCAGGAAGAAGCUCCGACUGUUCGAAUACCUUCAUGAAUCCCUGUGUAAUCCUGAGAUGGCAUCUUGUAUUCAGUGGGUAGAUAAAACCAAAGGCAUCUUUCAGUUUGUGUCAAAAAACAAAGAAAAACUUGCCCAACUUUGGGGGAAAAGAAAAGGCAACCGGAAGACCAUGACUUACCAGAAAAUGGCCAGAGCACUGAGGAAUUAUGGAAGAACUGGGGAAAUCACCAAAAUCCGGAGAAAGCUAACUUACCAGUUCAGUGAAGCCAUUCUCCAAAGACUCUCUCCAUCUUAUUUCUUAGAAAAAGAGAUCUUCUACUCACCGUAUGUUCAACCUGAGCAAGGCUUUCUCAGCUUCAGUAAUUGGAAUGCAAAUUGUAAUUGUCCAUAUGCUGAUUAUCAUGAGCUAAGCCACCCUGAUUGCUAAAUACUCUCUUAACAUUUCAUUAUUUCCUGGCAUCAGAAAUCCCUACCAAUUUCAAGAUUUUUCUCUUAAAGCAAAUGCUGGAGAGGGAAAAACAAUUAACUUCAUUGUUUUUAAUCUUUCAUUAACAGAUUAUAAUCUAUACAGACUUGGUGAAAAAAAUCUGCCAGUGAACGACUUGUAAACGAUCAAGCCCCAUUUGAAAGUACAGACUAAAUGUCCUUCCUCUUACUAUUGUUUAUGCAACACUUUCAGAUAAACAAUGCUAGUAGAGAUUAUUUUACCUAUAUUGAUUUAAAUAUUGUUUUCCUGUCAUACACUAAGGCAAAAAAAAAAAUACCACUCUAACAUAUCUGAUGGCUUUAGUGACAACAAAAUUGCAUAUGAUAGUCAUGCGAAAAUACAUUCAUGAUUUAAAAAAAAUAGUUUCUUUGCACUUCAGACCUCAUGGUCUGUAACCCUGUGGCGCUAAAGAAAUGAUCUAAGGAAAAUGUGAUCUACCUUACUGAUAAGAGAACUCCAAAGCUUAUACUACCCACAAGUCAUUUCCUGGCAUUUCUCCCCUGGGGUAGAUCCAGGAGCUAACGUUUCUUGCUAUCCUGCCGCUCAGCCACAAGAAGGUGCUCUUGCCUUGUUAACGGCUCUCUGGCCCAACUUUGAAACAAGACUUCCUCUUCCCUUGAAUUAGCCCAGCUAAGACCAGGCUGGAACAAUUGGAGAAAAAGAAAAGAAAAGAAAGAUUUUGAUAAAGGAUAGAGACUAGCAAAUAAAUCCAGAAAGGAACCAGGACUUGAAAGCUAUGGUUUGUUCUCAACAUUCCAUCAGGAAUGAAGAA